AUGGGUCGUUAUUCUCGGGAGCCAGAUAAUCCAGCUAAAUCAUGCAAGGCGCGUGGCUCGAAUCUGCGUGUUCAUUUUAAGAACACAUACGAGACAGCAAUGGCAAUCAGAAAAUUACCUCUGCGCCGUGCUGUACGCUACCUUAAAAAUGUAGUUGACAAGAAAGAGUGCAUUCCUUUCCGUCGUUUCAAUGGUGGAGUUGGCCGUUGUGCUCAGGCUAAGCAGUUCGGGACCACACAAGGCCGUUGGCCAAAGAAAUCAGCAGAGUUCCUGCUUCAGCUUCUAAGGAAUGCUGAAUCAAACGCCGACUACAAAGGCUUAGAUGUUGACAGGCUGGUCAUUGACCAUAUUCAGGUGAAUCGCGCUCCCUGCUUACGCAGACGCACAUACCGUGCUCACGGUCGUAUCAACCCCUAUAUGUCCUCCCCGUGCCACAUCGAGGUGUGCCUCAGUGAACGCGAGGACGCCGUUGCCCGGGCCGCGCCCACUGAUGACGCGCCCGCUAAGAAGAAGCUGUCCAAAAAGAAGCUCGCUCGCCAGAAGGAAAAGAUGAUGAGGGAAUAG